AUGAAUAGAAUGGAAGAUAAUCGUUUUUAUUUUGCUAUUGAUCGAGGCGGUACCUUUACAGACAUAUAUGCAAAAUGUCCUGGUGGGAAAAUUAAAGUAAUGAAGCUGUUAUCGGAAGAUCCAGUAAAUUACGAUGAUGCUCCACGUGAAGGCAUCCGCCGUAUUUUAGAAGAGGAAAAUAGAAUAUCAAUAAUUGGUGAAAUAGAUACUUCACAAAUUGGAUGGAUUCGAAUGGGAACAACGUUAGCAACUAAUGCUUUAUUGGAGAGGAAAGGGGCAAAAACGGCACUUUUAAUAAAUAAAGGCUUCAAAGACUUAUUAUAUAUUGGAAAUCAAGCGAGACCGAAUAUUUUUGAUCUUGAAAUCGUAAUGCCAGAUGUUCUUUAUUCAGAAGUAGUAGAAGUGGACGUUAGAGUUGUACCUGCUUUAUUAACAAAGUGUAAAUUGUUUAAAAAUUCUUGGAAGAUAAUUAAAACUUCAACCGGGGAGGAUUUUUUUAUUGUUGAUGAUUUAAAUAAAGAAAAGUUAAAACAAGAUUUAAGAAAACUCAAGAGCAGUGGGAUAGAAAGCUUAGCAGUAGUUUUAAUGCACAGUCAUAUUUAUGCUGAUCACGAAAUUCAAAUCGGUGAACUAGCUGAAGAAGCAGGAUUCGAGCAAGUUUCUUUAUCGCACAAAGUAAUGCCCAUGUGUAAAAUUGUACCUCGUGGUUUUACAACAUGCACUGAUGCCUAUUUAACGCCUCAUAUAAAAAGCUAUUUAAAAAACUUCUCCAAAGGUUUCAAAAAUAAACUUGGUGGAGUUAAUGUCCUUUUCAUGCAAAGUGAUGGUGGAUUAACUCCUAUGAAUUCAUUUAAUGGAUCAAGAGCUAUACUUUCUGGACCGGCAGGAGGUGUAGUCGGAUAUGCAAUGACUACAUUUCAAAAAGAAACUGAAUUACCUGUUAUAGGUUUUGAUAUGGGUGGCACUUCAACCGAUAUCAGUCGAUAUGGAGGUACUUAUGAACAUAUUUGUGAAAGCACAACUGCUGGAGUUACUACCCAAGGACCACAGCUUGAUAUAAAUACGAUUGCAGCAGGUGGUGGAUCAAUACUAUUCUUCAGAUCAGGUUUGUUUAAUGUUGGACCUGAUAGCGCUGGUGCUGAUCCUGGCCCAACUUGUUAUAAAAAAAAUGGACCACUUACUCUCACAGAUGCAAAUUUAGUUCUUGGAAGAUUGUUGCCAGAAUUUUUUCCAAAAAUUUUUGGAAAUUCUGAAACUGAACCACUUGAUAAACCUAACACUAUUACAGCCUUCAAUAAAUUAACACAAGAAAUAAAUGAAUAUCUUCAUGAACAAGGUAAAUUAGAAAAAAAUAUGUCUAUUGAAGAAGUAGCAUUGGGUUUUAUACAAGUUGCAAAUGAAGCUAUGUGUCGUCCAAUAAGAGCUAUAACUCAGGCAAAGGGAUAUGAUACUUCUCGCCACGUAUUAGCAUGUUUUGGAGGUGCCGGAGGGCAACAUGCGUGCGCAAUAGCUCGUUCAUUGGGUAUAAAGCUAGUUUUCGUUCACAAAUAUGCCGGUAUUUUAUCUGCUUAUGGAAUGGCACUAGCUAAUAUUGUUGAAGAAGUUCAAGAACCUAGUAACGAAAUUUAUAAUGAAGAAUCUUUUCAUCGUUUAGAUGAAAAAUUUAAUUUAUUAGAAGAAAAAGUAAUUACAAGACUUCAUGCACAAGGUUUUUCAAAAGAAAAAAUUCAUACUGAAUGUUUUUUGCAUUUGAGAUAUGAAGGAACCAACUGUGCGUUAAUGUGUUCACCAAAUCUUCAAAAAAAUUCAAAUGUAAUUUGUAUGAAGCACGGUGAUUUUGCAUUACCAUUUUUGGAAAGGUACCAAAAAGAAUUUGGAUUUACAAUGACAAAUCGAAAAAUUUUAAUCAAUGAUAUAAGAGUUCGAGGAGUAGGUAAAACUGAAAAUUUUGAUGAGCCAUUAAUAUUAUGUAGUGACCAUGCCAAAGUAAAAAAGCAAACGACUGUCUAUUUUCAAGACGGCUAUUAUAAAACAGAUAUAUAUGAUUUAAAAUCACUCUCUCCUGGUCAAAUAAUAGAUGGUCCGGCUAUUAUUAUAGAUAAUUUAAAUACAAUUUUAAUAGAACCUGAUUGUUCUACCACAAUUACUUUGCGUGGAGAUCUUAAAAUUAAAAUUGGAUCCAUCCUAAAAUCAAAAAUUACUACAGAUCUUGAUAUGAUUCAUCUUAGCAUAUUUUCACAUAGAUUUAUGAGCAUUGCUGAACAAAUGGGCAGGAUUUUACAAAGAACUUCAGUAUCAACAAACAUUAAAGAACGCUUAGAUUUUUCUUGUGCAAUUUUUGGUCCUGAUGGCGGAUUGGUUUCAAAUGCACCACAUAUUCCUGUACAUUUAGGUGCAAUGCAAGAAACAGUAAAAUAUCAAAUAAAAGUUUUUAACGGUUCCUUCAAUCGAGGUGACUCAAUACUCUCAAAUCAUCCUUCAAGUGGUGGUUCACAUUUACCCGAUCUCACAGUAAUAACACCAGUGUUUUAUAAAGAUAUGUCAAAACCGGUUUUUUUCGUUGCAAGUAGAGGCCAUCAUGCUGAUAUUGGAGGUAUAACUCCUGGAUCUAUGCCCCCUAAUUCAACAACGUUGACACAAGAAGGAGCUACAUUUAAAAGCUUCCUAUUAGUACAUAAAGGCGUUUUCCGAGAAACAGAAUUAACAAAUGAAUUAAUGGCCCCAAAUAAAAUACCUGGAAGUUCUGGAACAAGGAAUAUUUCAGAUAAUUUGAACGACCUUAAAGCACAAAUUGCAGCUAAUUUAAAGGGAAUUGAAUUAAUGAAUGAAUUAAUAGAUACAUACAGUCUUGAUGUCGUACAAGCAUAUAUGAAACACAUACAGGAUAAUGCGGAAUUAGCAGUUCGAGAUAUGUUAAGACGUGUUGGUCAGAAUCUUAUAAAAAAGAAGAAUUGUAAUAUUAUUACGGCAUCUGAUUAUUUAGACGAUGGAAGUGAGAUUAGGUUAAAAUUAGAGAUAGAUAUUAAAAAAGGAGAAGCUAUUUGUGACUUCACAGGAACUGGAUAUCAAGUUUGGGGAAAUUGUAAUGCACCUCGUGCCAUCACUUUAUCAGCUUUGCUAUACAGUUUGAGGAGUAUCGUUGGAUAUGAUAUUCCUCUUAAUCAAGGUUGUUUAACACCUGUGAAAGUAAUAAUACCGCAAGGAUCGCUUCUUGAUCCAUCUGAAGAAGCAGCUGUCGUAGGUGGUAAUGUACUUACUUCUCAACGUAUUGUCGAUGUAAUUCUUUCUGCAUUCGGAGCAUGUGCAUCAUCCCAAGGUUGUAUGAAUAAUAUUACCCUCGGAACUGACGAAUGGAGUUACUACGAAACUAUUGCUGGCGGUAGUGGAGCCGGACCAACUUGGAAUGGUAGGAGCGGUAUUCAUACACACAUGACCAAUACAAGAAUUACUGAUCCUGAAAUUUUAGAAGUUCGAUAUCCUGUAAUAUUGCAUAGAUUUUCCCUACGUACAGGAAGUGGCGGUAAAGGCAUUUAUCAAGGUGGUGAUGGAGUUAUACGCAUAAUGAUGUUCCGUGUGCCAAUGAUGCUUUCUGUAUUAACUGAAAGAAGAGUUUAUUGCCCUUCAGGAUUAGAAGGUGGACAUCCUGGAGCUCGCGGUAGAAAUACUCUUAAACGAAUAGAUAAUAAAGCGAUUAUCAAUUUGGGUUCAAAAACUGCGAUAACAGUAAAUCCUGGGGAUGUUUUUAUACUCGAAAGUCCGGGAGGUGGAGGAACUCAGGAAUCUACUUAA